UAAUAAUAAUAGUAAUAAUAAUAAGUAGAGUAAUUGAGUGUGUUAAAAUUUAAAUAAUAAAAAGAACGAACAAGUUUCUAAAAAAAAGAAAAAAAAAAUCAGUUGAGGUCUUAUUGAUAAGUGUUUUUUUUUUUUUUGAAUAGUAAGGUCUUAUUGAUAAGUUGUUACAGAUGUAGAAUAGAGUUACUUAUCCUAACCCUAACCCUAAACUUAUAAAUUAUAGUCCCCAAACCCUAAAGAAAAUUUUAGUCCCCCAAAAAUUGGCAACUCUUUAUUCUCCUCCCAUGCACGGCAAAAGAAGAAAAAGAAAGACUACAAUGAAUAGGAAAGAGGAAAAGAAGAUGAAGAUGAUUUCUUCUUCUCCUGAAGAUUUGAUCCCUGAUAUCCUCCUACAAUUACCUGAAGAUUUGAUCACUGAAAUCCUCCUACGGUUACCUGUAAAAUCCCUUUUAAGAUUCAAAUCAGUCUGCAAAAAAUGGAAUUCUCUAAUCACAAACCCUACCUUUGCCAAAUCACACCAUCAACAUUAUACAACACAUUACAAUCUUUCAUCAUCUUAUCUUGUCAUAAGAUCAAAUCAUUCUAUGUUCACUCUUCAUCUCGAUCUCAAAGAUCGCCUCGAUAACCCUAUUCAAGAAUUUAAUAAUGGCAAAUUUGCACCAAUAGCUCCUGCAUUCAACGCAACUUACAAAAAUGAUGGCAUUCAUGUUUUUGGAUCCUCGAAUGGUAUACUAUGCAUCUAUGUUCGCAGCACGAAAAACAUUUAUCUUUGGAAUCCUACUAUCAACGAGUCUAGGCUUAUCCCAUCACCUAUCUCAAUACAUUCUCAAUCUUUAUGCAAGCACUCUUUAUGUGGGUUUGGUUUCAUCCCCUCGAUUAACGACUACAAAAUUGUGUUGGUAUUAAAUUACCCAAAUUACAAACUACAAGUUCAUGUGUACUCAUUGAGGAAAAAUGAGUGGCGAGAAUUAGAUAGCUCUAUUGUUGCAAAAUCUAUGAAGAUACCCACCCUUAAUGUACAUUUUCAUGAUAUAAGUAAUACUAAUACUAGAAGUGAAGGUAGCAGAUGUAGUGAGGCAAUUUUAUUGAAUGAUGCAUUAUAUUGGGCAGUUUGUGCUCAUAUACAUAAACAGGUAACUCUUACUGUUAAAUUUGAUAUGGUAAAUGAAAGUUUCGAAACGGUGGCGGAACAUAACCAGAUCCACCACAUUGAUGGCAAAGAGGGAAGGUAUUUGGCGGAGACAUUGUUGGGAGUAAUGGAAUACAAUAAGUUGUGUUUGUGUCAACGAUAUGGAGGAAAAGAGCCUCUUCUUGUUGAGAUGUGGGUUUUGGAUGAUCAACACCAAAGAUGGAACAAGAUGUUUAGAUUGAAAGGAGGAUGGAAUAAUUACAAUAAUUUCAGAAAGGUAUUUCCUAAAUUGAUGAGAAUUACUGGUAAUGGUGGAGUUUUGAUAUUUGAUGACAAACGUUAUGAAGAUUUGCCAAUGGAAAGGUCACUUAUUUUUGAUGCACGUCAAGGUAGAAUAGGUUCGUUCAUUCAAGUUAGAAAUGAAUAUUGCACACCUUAUAAUUCUAGAAGUUCUUUCGAAAUUGUGAAUUAUGUUCAAAGUCUCGUUUCUCCCAAUUCGAUUUUAUUGUAG